CAUACAAAUAAUGGAAUAAGAAUCAACGACUCCUCUAUAAAAAUUGAAUACGAUUACCCUUUGUUGACCUAAAUCAAGUAAAAAUUGAAAUGACACCUUUUUGCGUUUCGAAUUAUAAUGUUAGUCAUUCGUUCGUUUCGUAAUAAUGAUCUUAGUUGCGUUUAUUUGAAUCGAAGUGUCUAAUAAUUUUGGAUUAGUGCAUAAAAAAAACACAGAAAAUAUGACUGAAGAGAUAGAUAGAAUUGCUCAAAUUUUCAAUGGUAGUGUAAUUUUUCUAACUGGUGCUACGGGAUUAGUUGGGAAAUCUCUCAUAGAAAAAUUAUUAAGAUUAACUGAAGUCAAGAAAAUCUAUAUUCUAAUAAGGAGCAAAAAAGGAAAGAGUCCUACUGAACGAAUCAAGGAUCUAUUCAACAAUCCCUUAUUCCAUAAAUUAUUGAAUAAAAAACCAGAAGCAAUUGAGAAAUGUAUACCGAUCAGAGGAGAUGUUUCACUACCGAUGCUAGGGAUUAGUGAAGUUGAUAGACAAAAGAUAAUUGAAGAAGCCGAUUUUAUCAUUCACAGCGCUGCUACAGUCAGAUUUGACGACAGCUUAAAAUAUGCCGUGACUGUCAAUACAAGAGGAACGAAGUUCGUGCUAGAACUAGCUGAAGAAUGUAAAAAAUUAAAGUUGUUUGUUCAUGUUUCCACUGCAUACGCGUUUCCAAAUAACACUGAUGGAAUCACAUACGAGAAAGAAUAUCCUCCACCAGCUGAUCCGCAUGAAGUAUUAAGCAGUAUUAAUUGGUUGAAUGAUGAUAUUCUAAAUGAAGAUUUAACCAAAAGGCUUUUGGGAAAUAUUCCAAAUACUUAUACAUUCUCAAAAGGACUCUCAGAAGCUUUAGUUUAUGAAAAAGUUGGGAAAAUUCCUCUCAUAAUUUGCAGACCAGCUAUAAUUAUACCUGCAUUCAAAGAUCCUGUACCUGGUUGGACUAAUAACCUGCAGGGGCCAUCUGGUUUGUUCGUAGGGGCAGGAAAAGGAGUUAUCAGAACCGUUUAUAUGGAUACUUCUUGUUACGCUAAUUUCUCUCCAAUCGAUUGUACUGUCAGUGCCAUUAUGGUGUUUUCUUGGUAUCAUCUAACAACAAACAAUCCAAAUUACAUAUACAACCUUUGUAUACCGCAAAAGGAUCUACAAAUUAGUUGGGAGGAGAUAUUUGCAACAGCCAAAGACGUUAUACAUAAUGACUGUCCAUUCAAUCUCAUGUUAUGGUAUCCAGAAGGGACUAUAACGAAAAGUAGACUUUAUAAUAAAAUUAACACUAUCCUAUUUCAACUAUUACCAGCUCUAAUUCUAGAUUUAAUCCUUCUGAUUGCAGGACAAAAACCUCAAUUUUGGUCGAUCCAAAACAGGAUAUUGAAUGGAAUGAAAAUGUAUGAAUUUUAUACGAUAAGAAAAUGGGACUUUGAAACGACACAAAUAGAAAAAAUUAGGGAAGUAUUAAACACAACCGAAAAAGAUCACUAUCAACUUGAAGACAAAGAAAAAGAUGUGAGAAAGUACUUGAAGCACUGCAUAUUAUAUUUGAGGAGGCAUUACUUUAAAGAAACUGAUGAUAUGUUACCAGCUGCCAGACGAAAUAUGAAAAUAAUGUAUUGCUUGGACAAAUUGGUGAAGUUUAUAUUCAUUGGACUAGCUUUUUACUACAUUUUCUAUAAAACAAUAUUUCAACGUAUCUAGAAUAAUUGUAGGUAUAAAGUGGGUUGUAUUUCGUAUAACAAAUUAAGUUUAUAUAGAAAUUAAUUCUCUAAUUUAUUGAUAAACUCAUCAAAAAUUAUUUUCUAUUAUUUCUACCAACUCAAUUAUAUCGACAGAUAAAAUAUCACUGAAUAAAUCGUGUGACUAACUAAGAAGAAAAUGUUUUUUUUUUUACAAAAAUCGAUGUUAUUCCAAGGUUUCAUUAACUUUCGAUACCCUGUUUGUAGCAUUUGUCUUUUGCUUCAAAAUAGGUUUCAGUUUCAGCAAUUGCUUCUUCAUUUAAGCGUUUCUUUGAGAUCAACGAAUAGCCAGUAGUGAUUAGGAGACAAAUCUGGAUUAUAAGGUGGACGAGGAAGCGACUAGAAAUGUAAUUCGUUCAAUUCAAUAAUCGUUACCUUGUUAAUGUUGAAUUGUUAAUAAAUGAAUUGUCGACACAUGAGGCCUCGAUUUUCGAAUUAAAACUAUCCAACAACUCUAUGUGGUAUUCGCUAUUGAUUGGAAAUAGUUUAUGAACGAUAUUCCAUGCACAUCCCAAACUACUGAAGCCAUAACUUUUCCGGCUGACUUUGGAUGCAUGGGACGUGAUUCACCAGCUGCAGUACACUCAGAUGAUGAUCUUUUUGAUUCAGGAGUGUAGUGAUGGAUCCCUGUUUUAUCAAUUGUCAUAUAUCGAUGUAAAAAAUCUGAUUUAUAACAUGUAAACAUGGCCAAAUACUGUGAGUAAACGCGGCAUCCAUUUUCAAAAAAGUUUUCUCAUAGAUAAAUAUUCAUGCAAAUUAAAUAAACUGCCUUCUAAUUUCUUUACGGCCUCAACUAUCACUCGCAAUUUCAAUUUACGAAUGGAUAUAACCAAUUCGUGGACUUUUUUGAUGUUUUCUGGAGUAACCACCUUAAUUGGACGACCAGAACGUUCAUCAUCAUCGGUGUUUGUACGAGACCACGUUUAAAUUCAGCAAACCAAUAAUAUAUGGUUUGAACACUUUGAAAGCUAUUGCUGAGCUUGUAUAGAAUGCUUUUUUCGAUAAGAAACAGUUGAUAAAUUAACACAUGACAUUGUUUUGAAAAUAACAAAAAUGGCUGUCAAUUUGUUCACGAAACUUCACACAUAGUUUUUUGAAAGUUGAUACUCCAUAAAAGUCAAAUUAAUUUGACAAUGGCGGCGCCAUCUAUGUGUCAGUCACAUGACUUAAUGAGUGAUGUAAUAUAUAGAAUUUGGAAAACUUUUUUCGAAAUAUUGUACUUUUAAUACUUAAGAAGUGAAAAAAAUCUUUUUCGAGUAAUAUUCUAAUAUUUCUUAUUAAGAAAAGUACGGAAAAUAAAAAAAGUCAGUCGAUCCUCAAUUUAACAUCGUAUAUUUUUGGAAUUUUUUUGUUUGAUGAUUUUAUGACUAUAAGAUGAAAUUUUAUCACUCUUUAUGUAAUAUUUGAAUAUAUAACGAUCGUUGUUGAAAAUUUUUUGUUUAUCUAAUGUGACUAAACGAUGUUCUAUCAGGUGUGAAAUAAAAAGUGAGUUAAUACAA